AUGAGCGGAGACGAGAAGAAGAUGGACCUGUCAGAUAUCGCUGCUGCUCUUCCUUCAGGGGGAGCGGGGUUAACUGACGAAGCUCGCGCCGAAUUGGUCAGCUCGAUCCAGGACAAACUGGAAACCCUCAUGACGCAAAACUUCCUCGCCGGCCUCUCGCCAGCUGUCCGCACACGUGUCACUGCUCUACAGGAGAUCCAGAAAUCGCACGACGAGCUCAAGGAGAAGUUUCUGGAGGAGAAGGCGGCUCUCGAGGCCAAAUACCAGAAGCUGUACGAGCCGCUCUACAAUCAGCGCUCUGAGAUUGUGGCGGGAGACAAGGAGCCGGAAGGCGCUGAGGCCCCCGCUGCUGAGGCCGGAGCCGAGGUUGAGAAGGGUGUUCCUGAGUUUUGGCUCACUGCCAUGAAGAAUAACGAGAUCCUGGCAGAGCAGAUCACAGCGAGGGACGAGCCUGCACUGAAGCACCUUAAGGACAUCCGGUGGUCGCAACUGGGGGAGGAGCUCAAGGGCUUCAAGCUGGAGUUCCAUUUCACGCCCAACCCCUACUUCAAGAAUGAAGUGCUCACCAAGUCAUACUUCAUGAUCGAUGAGGAAGAGCCGAUUCUUGAGAAGGCCGAGGGCACGGAGAUCGAGUGGAACGCGGGCAAGAACCUGACGCAGAAGAUCAUGAAGAAGAAGCCGAAGAAGGGCGCCAAGAGCAGCAAGCCCAUCACUAAGACAGAGCCAUGCGAGAGCUUCUUUAACUUCUUCAGCCCGCCAGCCGUGCCCACCGAGGACGAGGAGCUGGACGAAGAGGAGGCGGAGGAGCUGCAGGAGAUGAUGGAGCAGGACUACGAUGUGGGGUCUACCCUGAGGGAGAAGAUCAUUCCACAUGCCGUCUCCUGGUACACCGGGGAGGCUGCUGACCUGGAGGAUUUGGACGAUGACGAGGAUGAUGAGGAUGAUGAGGACGACGAGGACGAUGACGAGGAUGAGGAUGAUGAUGACGAGGACGACCACCCGAGGCCUGCUCGCGGAAGGGUGCGUUUUGGCCCACCAUACCCUUCCCUCGCUCGUACCCAUUCCACCUCUCCCUCCCCUCCCUCGCUCAUCAUACCCAUGCCACCUGUCUACCUCAUCACUAUCCGUCUACUUCAUCAAUCCCUUUUUAUCCCCUUGCUGCGUCUGUGCGUGUCCUUUCACCCUCCUUCCGUCCCUCUGUCCUGUCGCUCCUUCUCCUUCUUUGCUCCCGCUGCCUUCGCUCCUCCCCCACUCCCCUCCACGCGUUAUGACUACCUCCACGCGUUCCCACCUGCUGUCGCCACCUCCCGGUCUCUUCUCAGCGUGAGUUCUGUUCCAUCACCCUUCACUUGCUUUCCUGCUCCGCUGUCCCCCUCUUGCCUCUUCCGUCUUCGUCCUCUUCUUACAAACCCCGACGUCCUGUCUCCUUCUCGUCCUCGUAUCUCUUCCAUCUCAAUUUCCGCCGUCCUCUGCUCUCCUACAAGCCUCAAUACAACUCCUCUACGCGCUGCAUUCUCCUCUCUCUCCAAUCUCUCCUCACUCUUCUCUCUCCAAUCUCUCCUCACUCUUCUCUCUCCAAUCUCUCCUCACUCUUUUCUCUCCAAUCUCUCCUCACUCUUUUCUCUCCACUCUCUCCUCGCUCUUUUCCCUCCACUCGCUCUCCUCAGACUCGCAGGCUUGGCGUUUCUCUUCUCAGUGGGCAUCGGCUUGCAGCUGCUGGGAUGUGUUCUCUACAACAACUGGUGGCCAAUGCUCUCAGCGCUCAUGUACCUGAUACUGCCCAUGCCAUGCCUGUUCUUUUCUACUGGUGACUCCUCCGACUUCUUUCUCAUGGGCACGGAUAACGAAUGGCAAGAUGCAGCCAAGUUCCUCACUGGCUUUUCUUCGAUUGGCAGUGUUGCAAUCCCCUUCAUCCUCCACCACGGUCAUCUCAUAACUCUUGGAGCCACUCUCUUCACACUUGCGGCCUUCAUUGUGCUCAGCGGCACUCUAGUCCUUUUUAUUCGGGUGUCUAUGGAUGAUGGCCCCUCUUGGAGUGGGUAUUAG